UAAAUAACAGCCCACUGUUUCAAUUCAAGUUCGCAACUUUUUCUACUUUAAGAGCAAACCUUCUCGAAAGCAAUAAAGAAAGAGACAUAAUUCUGCUUAGGGUUUUACGGAGGAAACAGUAACCAUGGCUUCUGAUGCUUCAGCUGCCCUUGCAGUAAGGCAGAAAAUUCAAAACUUUUUGAAUGCAGCUUGUACCGGGAAUCUUGAUCUUCUCAAGAAGAUUGCGGCUCAACUUGACGAUGGGAAGGGACUGGCAAAAACAGUGGCUGAUAUUAAGGAUGCGAACAAACGAGGGGCAAUUCAUUUUGCAGCAAGAGAGGGAAAGACUGAAGUGUGCAAAUUCUUGUUGGAAGAAUUGAAGCUUGAUGUUGAUACAAUAGAUGAAGAUGGUGAUACUCCUCUUCUUCAUACUGCCCGACAAGGUCACACUCUCACUGCCAAAUAUCUUCUAGAAUGUGGUGCCAAUCCUACUAUUCCUAGUGACUUAGGUGCCACAGCGUUGCAUCAUUCAGCUGGAAUAGGGAAUAUUGAGUUGUUGAAGCAUAUACUGGCCAAGGGUGUUGAGGUUGAUUCGCAAAGUGAUGCUGGCACCCCUUUAGUUUGGGCUGCUGGUCACGGUCAACACGAUGCUGUAAAAGUUUUGUUAGAGCAUAAUGCUAAUCCUAAUGCUGAGACUGAGGAUAAUGUCACUCCGUUAUUGUCGGCUGUAGCAGCAGGUUCACUUGCAUCCUUGGACUUGCUGAUUCAGGCUGGUGCCAAAGUUAAUAUUACAGCUGGGGGAGCAACUCCGUUGCACAUUGCGGCAGACCAUGGCAACCCAGAAUUAAUAAACAGCUUACUGAAAGCUGGAGCUGAUCCUAAUGCCAUUGAUGAAGAUGGCCAGAAGCCCAUACAGGUUGCUGCAGCCAGAGGCCAACGUAAGGCUGUUGAGAUUCUUUUUCCUUUAACAUCGAGAAACGAUGCCAUUCCAGUGUGGACAGUAGAUGGUAUUCUUGAAUGCAUGCAAUCCGAAACUAGCAAACAACUGGAGGAAAUGAAAAAUCUGAAGGAAGCUAAGGGAACAAGGGACACUGCAUUGCUAACUAGUGAUCUCCCAGAGGUGGCACCCGAAGCAAAGAAGAAAGCUGCAGAAGCAAAGUCAAGAGGAGACGAGGCUUUCAAAAGAAAAGAUUUUCUUACAGCUGUGGAUGUAUAUACACAAGCCAUUGAUUUUGAUCCAACUGAUGCUACGUUGCUUUCAAAUAGAAGCCUUUGUUGGAUCCGUAUUGGACAACCUGAGCAGGCUUUAGCCGAUGCAAAGGCUUGCAGAGCAUUAAGACCAGACUGGCCAAAAGCUUGCUAUCGUGAAGGUGCCGCUCUGCGAUUGUUGCAGAAAUAUGAUGAAGCAGCCAAUGCCUUCUAUGAGGGUGUGCAGCUCGACCCCGAAAAUAAGGAACUCAUAAAUGCUUUUAGGGAAGCUGUGGAAGCAGGGAGGAAGUUUCACAGUGAAGAAAAGGAAAAACCCGAAGUUUCUGCUUAGCUGCUGAUAACACCAAAAGCAACGGAGAAGAUGAGGAAGUUUUAUGAGCAUGAGAAUGUACAUUAGAAGCAUGUUUUGAAAGCAAAUCUAUGUAUCAGAAUUCCAUGCUUUUUUUUUCAA